GUAGCUGAAGGAGGGCAGAAGACGCCGGCCGCUGAAGACUCGGAGGGCAGUCGGGAGAAGAAGCCUCGAGGCGUGAGACAGGGAUACGUUCACAAACCCUUCCUGUACUCGCGCUACUACAGCGACUCCGAUGACGAGGUGACGGUGGAGCAGCGCAGACGCUCGGUGGCCAGAGACAAAGAGGAGCGUCUGUUGAAGCGGCAGCAGAACCGUGAGCGAAUGGAGGAGAAACGCAGACUGAGAGCAGCUCAGAACGAGGAACAGGAUCGGAAGAAACUGGCGAGUCUCUCUGCGGAUCAGAGACCUCGAGCCAAGGAGGCUCGAAAAGAGAAGAAGGUCCUUGAGAAGAAAGUGGCUCUGAGCAGACAGAGAAAGAGAGACUCCAGAAAAGAGGAUGAGAGGAAGAAAAGUGAUACUGAAGGUGAUUCAGUCAAUAAAGAUGUGAAGCCCGCGGGUCUGAAGGCAGUGCGACGGCCGUCUGAUCUGGAGGAGCAGCGCAGGAAGAAGACCGACAGCGAGGAGAAACUCCCGGACAAAAACCGCAUUCACUCCUUCAUCCUGGACCUGGAGCUGGGGACAGAGGAACGCCGGAAAACCGUUCGGAAAGACUCGCUUUCCAAAGAAAAAGAGCGCAAAGAGAAGGAGAAAGAGCGCGGUGUCCCUGACGAACGGCUCAAGCACAAACUCAAGACGGAGAGCAGGAAGAGCGGAGACGCCGCGGCCGACGAGAAAGACGGAGGGACUGCGAGAGGAGCAGCUGACGAGAAGAAGGGGUCAAAGGUCAAGCCAGACAGGAAGAGUUCCGUGUCUUCCCGAGAAGGCAAGACGAGUGUGUCUGAAGCUGCGGAUGAAGGGAACCUGAAGAAAGGAAAGACGGCUGUGAAUGAGAAGGAGAAACCGAAGCUGCUCCGGCGUCUGGACUCCACCGGCUCCUCAGAGGAGAGGUCAGAGGUCGAGACGGGUUCAGAGGUCAGCCGGAAGAAAGACAAGCAGCCUAAAGAGAUUCCCAAGAGGUCGAAGAGUCACCCGGAGGCUAAAGCGGGAGAGAAGCCCAAGAUGCGGAUGGAUAGAAAGGAUUCGUCUGCGGACAAGCCUCAUCCGCAGAAAUCCGGCUCGGAAACCGAAGGACAGAAGGUCAAAUCCCUAACGGAGAAACACAAGUCUAAAUCCCAGAACCCCAAAUCAGAGAAAAAAAUCGAAGCCAAGACUAAACCAGGCACUGCAGAACAGAAAAAAGACGACAAGAAAACCUCAGAGGAGAAAACGAAGGACGCAAAGGUUGUGAAGAAAACGAGUGAGAAGAAGGCGCAGAAAGAUUCAGACAGGAAGCUGGGAGGGAAGGAGAACCCGCCGGAAACCGUCUCCAGUACCACACCUUUACCUGACGACCCUUACGCCGCCCUGAGCGACGUCACUCCCGAAUCUGAGGACGAGGAGGCGGAGCUUGCAGAGCCCCGCCCACUGUCUGCAGAAGCCGACGCCCUCUUGAGCCUGAUGGACGUCCGCACCUCACAGCAAGAAGCGGAGGCCGAUCGGAAGAUGAAGGAAGCGGCGCUGGCUCUGCUCUCCAUGGAUCCGGAUAUCGCACACUCCUCGGAUCUCACAGCCGCAGAUUCUCCGAUCGCAGUGGAGACGCUUCCUGUAGGCAUCGAGGACACGGGAAGUGUGUUGGAAUGCUCUGAGACCGAGUCCGCCGUAAUCGCUACAUCUGCAGCGGAGCCCAUGGAGGCGGAGCCUCUCGGGUCACAGGAAGUGACAUCAGAGAUUGGUGAUGAGCAGAUGGAUGAGAGAGACACACAAAUGCGUACAGCAGACGCUGCUGAAUCUACACCUGCGACCGAUGCAGACGCAGCUCAGCCCACGCAGACCCUCACAGCAGAUGCUACAGAGUUUGUGCAGCCUCUCACUGUAGACUCCGAUGAGUCAACUCAGACCUUCACUGCAGACACAGCUGAAUCCAUGCAGACCUUCACUACAGAUGCUGCCGAGAAAGUGCAGACCCUUACUGCAGACAUGACUGAGCCACCUGCGCAGACCCUCACUGAAGAUGCAGCUGAACCCACGCCGGCGGUCACUCCAGACGCAGCCGAUCCUGCGCAGACCCUCGCAAAACAGACUGAAACUGAUGAGCCUGUGCAGACCCUCUCCACAGAUGCAGCUGAGUCUGCGCAGACUCUCACUGUAGACGUAAAGGACAUGGAUGCAGAUGAGUCUGUGCAGACCCUCACUGCAGACACAGCUGACUCUGCGCAGACCCUCACCACAGUUAAAGCAGAGCCUGCGCAGACCCUCACCACAGAUACAGCAGAGCCUGCUCAGACCCUUACCGCAGAUACAGAUGAGUUUGCGCAGAUCCUCACCACAGACGCAGCAGAGUCUGCGCAGACCCUCACCACAGAUACAGAUGAGUCUGCGCAGACCCUCACCACAGAUACAGCAGAGCCUGCUCAGACCCUUACCGCAGAUACAGAUGAGUUUGCGCAGAUUCUCACCACAGACGCAGCUGAGUCUGUGCAGACCCUCACCACAGAUACAGCGGAGCCUGCGCAGACCGUCACCACAGAUGCAGCUGAGUCUGCGCAGACUCUCACCACAGAUACAGCUGACUCUGCGCAGACUCUCACCACAGAUGCAGCUGAGUCUGUGCAGACCCUCACCACAGAUGCAGCUGAGUCUGUGCAGACCCUCACCACAGAUGCAGCUGACUCUGCGCAGACUCUCACCACAGAUACAGCUGACUCUGCGCAGACUCUCACCACAGAUACAGCAGAGCCUGCGCAGACCCUCACCACAGAUACAGCAGAGCCUGCGCAGACCCUCACUGCAGACACAGCGGAGCCUGCGCAGACGGACUCUACAGACACAGGCGCUGCAUCUGUCUCAGACGAGCAGGAACAGAAGUCAUCAGAUGCCUCUGACACGGUGGAGCAGACAGAGGGCGGCACGCGGAGAGGACGAGCAUCCGCUCAGAGGACAGCAGAUCAAACCAGAACCGAUACUGAAAAAGAGCAAACGGCUACUAAAGAGUGUGAGGAUGAAGAGGAGGAGAGGUCGAGCAGGACUCCACGCAGAGGAAGAUCCUCCAGAGCAUCUGAUGCUCCACAGAGAGAAGCACGCUCUGCUUCACAGCCGAAGGAGGCGGAGCCAGCCGUGGAGGAGGAGCUAAAAGAGCAGAACCGCAGGAGUCUCCGCUCCACAGCUCAGACUAGAGACACUCCUGCAGUGAAACCUGCACUGAAACGGAAGAGAUCAGACGAUCUUCCUGCUUCUGCUCCAGACUCGACAGUAGAGAUGAAGGAAGAGCCAGAUCAAUCUGCUAAACAGAGAAAAGAUGAAGCGAGUCCGUCUGAAGAUCAGGACACCAUCAAAGCGAGUGAUGAAGAGGAGGAGAGGAAGGAUGAGGAAGAUGUGACAGAGGACCGGCAGCAGAAACCGGCCCGCCGCGGACGACCCUCCAAAACAUCCUCCGCCACAGACGACUCUGAUACAGGAGCAUCAGAGAAAAGAGACGGAGAAAAAGAGGAUGAUGAAGAAGAGACCCAAAGCAGAGCGACGACGCGCGCCGCGUCUCGUCUGGAGGCAGAGAAGAAUAAACCCAGCAAACCGUCCACUCGAGCUGUCAGUAAACUCAGCGGGAAAGAGGAAAGCUCCCCAAGCACACGAUCGGCGAGGGGACGCAAGCGUGACUCCAGUCCUGCUCUUCCUCGCACACGUGGAGGACAGAAAUCUGACGAGCCGCCUUCAAAAAGAGCCAAACGAUGAUGAGUCUCCGCUUGAUCUCCUCGAGUUCAUCGUUAGCAGUAGUUUUUAGGUCAGAGAGUGUUGGGAAAUUAAUCUGAAUCAGAGCAGCUGAGAAUCAACAUGAUGGAGAUCUGCAGACGAUUGAAGACUGAUGAAGAAGAGCUGCUGUGUGUGUGUAAACUCAUCCCAGUGUUGACUAUGAGAAACUGUGUGUGUGUGUGUGUGUGUCAGUCAGAGAUGCUCAUUCGGUGAAUGUCAGUAUUUUUCAUUUUAUAUUUUUACCUUUUUAUUAUAAACCCCAAUAUUGCUCUGAUCCAAUCUGAGGUGUUUUUUUUAUAUAUAUUUUGUUUUGUGCAAGUCUUUUUAUUUUAUGGUCCAGUUAUUACCUUCAUUGUUAAAAUGGAUAUAAAUCACCAGUAUAUGAGAAGUCUGUAAGGUUUUUGGCGUUUAGUUGAAGGUUCUGGUGCCAGGCUUGGUUUACCAGAGGAACCUUAGGAGAACCAGCCUGAUAAUCCAGACGGAUUUAUAUACAUGUGUGUGAUGUGUGUGUGUGAGAGAGAGUGAGUGUGUGUGUGUGUGAGAG